AAAGAUACGAAUCGCCUAACAGAAAAAAAGAAAAAGUUGCAGCGAACCACAUCAACCAUCACACUCUUCGUCGUCGUCUUCUUCGACAAUCCAAUCCGCAGCAAAAAAAAUUCAAACCAUCCAAAAAAUCGACACGAAAUCCGAAUUGAAAUUCGUUCCUUUCUCAGAAUCCGACUGCAUUACCGUACAGAAUUCGUUUUCGCUACACCAAAAUCCUCGUUUCGAUCACAAAUUUCAUUUCUGCAUUAUAUAGAUACAUAUAUAUAUGUGUGUGUAUAUGGACAUGCAUGCGAUUGAUCGGCGAUUGUAGAUUGGGAAUAGGAGGCGUGUUUGGGAAGCAGAGAUGGCGUUGCUGCGCAAACUGUUCUAUCGGAAGCCGCCUGAUGGACUCUUCGAGAUCUGCGAGCGAGUUUACGUUUUUGAUUGCUGCUUCACUACCGAUGCGUGGAAGGAAGAAAACUAUAAGGUUUACAUAGGUGGGAUAGUUGGUCAACUCCAAGAUCACUUGCCAGAUGCUUCAUUCUUGGUGUUCAAUUUCCAUGAUGGUGUGGCACAAAGCCAGAUGGCCAGCAUUUUGUCCGAGUAUGACAUGACCAUUAUGGAUUACCCGCGGCACUUUGAAGGUUGUCCGGUGCUCACACUAGAGCUGAUCCAUCACUUUCUGAGAUCAAGUGAAAGUUGGUUAUCGCUCGGACAGAAUAAUGUGCUGUUGAUGCACUGCGAACGUGGAGGUUGGCCUGUUUUGGCUUUCAUGCUGUCUGCACUCUUGAUUUACCAUAAACAAUAUAGUGGCGAGCAGAGGACGUUGGACAUGGUUUACAGGCAGGCUCCUUCUGAGCUUUUGCAUUUGUUAUCACCUCUAAAUCCAAUCCCUUCUCAACUGAGGUAUCUCCAGUAUGUGACGAGGAGAAAUGUAGCCUUGGAAUGGCCUCCUCUGGAUCGAGCGCUUACCUUGGAGUGCGUCAUUUUCAGAUUUGUUCCUAACUUUGAUGGGCAGGGUGGUUGCCGUCCUAUUUUCCGCAUAUAUGGACAGGACCCUUUUCUUGCUAAUGAUAAAACUCCAAAAGUCUUAUUCUCAACCCCAAAGAAAGGAAAACCCAUACGGGCUUACAAGCAGGUAGAAUGUGAACUGGUUAAAAUUGACAUUAAUUGCCAUAUUCAAGGUGAUGUUGUGGUCGAAUGUAUUAGCCUACAUGAUGACUUGGAACGUGAGGAGAUGAUGUUCCGUGUCAUGUUCAAUACGGCUUUUAUUAGGUCUAACAUUUUGAUGCUCAACCGUGAUGAAAUUGACAUGCUGUGGGAUGCUAAGGAACAAUUUCCAAAGGACUUCAGAGUAGAGAUCCUUUUUUCAGAGAUGGAUGCUGUCACAUCCAUCAUCCUGGGUGGCAUGUCAUGCUUUGAGGACAAGGAGGGCCUUCCGAUGGAAGCAUUUGCUCAAGUUCAAGAGAUCUUUAACUACGUGGAUUGGUUAGACCCCAAGUCAGAUGCCACACUUAAUGUGCUACAAGCAGCAUCAAAUAUUAUCCAAGAAAAAUUAAACAGUGAUUCUCCACGGAGUACUGGGAACGACUCGCAGGAAACAAGUCCAGGAAAGACCCCGAAGAAAAAGAACCUUCUCUUCUCUGAUGACAUGCAAUCUGUGGCCUCACCGAGGCAAUCUCAAGAUACCAGUGUGAGUAAACAGCAAGCUAAACCCCAAGACAUCCCAGCUACACCUCAGCCACCCAAUCAAGGUGAUUCAGUAUCCCAGCAUAUUCCCCAACCUUCUCAUUCAACCACAAUGGGAGCAUUUGCUCAAGUUCAAGAGAUCUUUAACCAUGCCACCUCACAUAUGCAGUCCCCAGAUUCCACUGUGAGUAAACAGGAAGCUAAACCUUCAAAGACCGCACUUCAGCCACCCGAUAAACAUGAUUCUGUGAGCCAGAAGAUGCCCCAACCUUCUAAGUCAACCCCAAUGGAAGCUAAAUCUCAAGACAUUCAUACUGCACUUCAGCCAACCAAUAAGCAGGAUGCAGUGAGCCAGAAGAUACCCCAACCUUCUCAGUCAACCCUGAUGGACACUAAACCUCAAGACAUCCAUACUGCGACUAAACAAGAAGCCAAACCUCAAGAUGUUUGUAGUGCGAUUAAACAGGAAGCCAACCCUCAAGACAUUCAUGCUGCAAUUCAGGUACCCAAUAAAUGUGAUUCAGUGAGCCAGCAGAGGCCCGAAGCUUCUCAGUCAACACCAAUGGAAGCAGCUAAACCUCAAGACAAUCCUACUGUGAAGAAACACGAAGCUAAACCUCAAGACAUUCCUACUGCGAAGAAACAGGAAGCUAAACCUCAAGACAUUCCUUCUGCGAAGAAACAGGAAGCUAAACCUCAAGACAUUCCUACGGCCACGAAACAGGAAGCUAAACCUCAAGACAUUCCUACUGUGAAGAAACAGGAAGCUAAACCUCAAGACAUUCCUACUACACUUCAGCCAUCCGAUAAACUCGAUUCGGUAAGCCAGAAGCUGCCGCAACCUUCUCAGUCAUCCCCGAUGGAAGCAUUCAGUCAAGUUCAAGAGAUCUUUAGCCAUGCAGCCUCACCGGUGCAGUAUCCAGAUACCACUAUGAGUAAACAGGAAGGUAAACCUCAAGAUAUUCAUGCUGUGGAAGUUAGAAGUGCUCCAGUUGCACCAUUAUCACCUCCACCUCCACCUCCACCUCCACCUCCACCUCCACCGCCACCUUCCAAGAGUACUUGUGCUAAAACAACUCUUCCUUCUCCUCCCAAACCGCAACUUCUGCCGCCUGAUGUUUUAGUUUCAAAACCUGAAGACCCAUCACUUUCUGAAGAGACUAAAAACUAUUCAUCGGAUGGAGCCCAACAAUCAACCACUAGUCAUCCAGCUGCCACUGGGAUGCCAACCUCAAGUACCAUUUCUGGCAAGGUGUUACCUAAAGCACCACCCACUCCGCGUUCUGAGGUUUCUUCAUCAACCCGGCCUCCUCCAACUCCUCCAACUCCCCCACCACCUCCUCCAACACCGCCUUUGAAAGAGAACCUUUUUGACGGCUCCAGACCUCCGCCGCCUCCACCUCCUCCUCUUCACUCAGGGCAAGCUGGAGGCACUACAAUCUCAUCCCCAGUUCCACCACCACCUACUGCUCCCACUUCUUCCGCCAAACAUGGAGCUCCUUCUGCCCCUCCUCCUCCACCUCCUAUUGGUAAAGGAGGUUCUAAGCCGGGUAACCCUCCCCCACCACCUAUUAGUUCCCCUGGUGGUGCAAAAGGACGCCUACUACGUACCAUAAGUUCAAAAAAUAAUAAUUCAAAAAAACUGAAGCCGUUGCACUGGUUAAAAUUGUCAAGAGCGGUUCAGGGAAGCUUAUGGGCUGAGGCACAAAAAUCUGAUGAAGAGGCCAAGGCUCCUGAGAUUGACAUGUCAGAGCUUGAGACUCUUUUCUCAGUGGCCGCUCCGGCCCAGGAUAAGGGUAGGAAGUCAGCCGCACAUGGUUCGGUUGCCCCUAAAUCUGAAAAAGUACAACUGAUUGACCACAGGCGAGCGUACAACUGUGAAAUCAUGCUUUCAAAGGUGAAGGUUCCGUUGAACGAGUUAAUGGAUUCGGUACUUGCCCUGGAAGAUACAGCAUUAGAUGUUGACCAGGUAGAGAACCUCAUAAAGUUUUGCCCAACAAAAGAGGAGAUGGAACUACUUAAGGGCUACACUGGAGAAAAGGAGAAGUUAGGAAAAUGUGAACAGUUCCUCUUAGAGUUGAUGAAAGUACCUCGAGUAGAAUCUAAGCUCAGAGUUUUCUCAUUCAAAAUACAGUUCUCUUCCCAGGUCUCUGAUCUUAGAAAUAGCCUGAAUGUAGUGAACUCUGCAGCAGAAGAGAUCAGGAAUUCUGGCAAAUUGAAAAGAAUCAUGCAGACGAUUCUUUCAUUAGGAAACGCUUUGAACCAGGGGACAGCUCGGGGCUCUGCUAUUGGAUUUAGGUUGGAUAGCCUUCUUAAACUGAUUGAGACUCGCGCACGGAACAACAAGAUGACUCUCAUGCACUAUCUUUGUAAGGUACUCGUUGACCAACUACCGGAGGUUCUAGAUUUCUCUAAAGACCUGGGCAACUUAGAACCUGCAUCAAGGAUACAAUUGAAAUUUUUGGCGGAGGAAAUGCAAGCUCUAAGUAAAGGAUUGGAGAAAGUUGUACAGGAAUUAUCCACCUCUGAAAAUGACGGUCCGAUAUCAGAAAAAUUCCGUAAGAUUCUAAAGGAGUUCCUCCGUUUCGCUGAAGGUGAAGUGAGGACUUUGGCCUCACUGUAUUCUACCGUAGGUAGAAAUGUAGACGCAUUGAUCCUUUAUUUCGGAGAAGAUCCCGCUAAGUGCCCUUUUGAACAAGUUGUUACAACCUUGCUCAACUUUGUCAGAAUGUUCAACAAAGCCCAUGAUGAAAACUGCAAGCAAAGUGAGAACGAAAUGAAGAAAGCGGCAGAAAGUGAGAAGCUUAAGAUGGGCGCUUCGAAGGAAUCCGAACGAUUGUUGCGUACUCCGAUCCAGAGCAGCAACGUCAAAUGAUCGGGUUUCUAAAUCCGACGCGUUCAUCAUCGUGGACGAAAAAAUAUAACAUGAACACAGGUUUGAGCAGAAAGGUUUCUUUUUCGUUUUCUCAUUUUCCCCUUUACAAGGCUAAAUGGGAAAAAAAGUUUUGGUAUUUAAUGCGCGGGAUUAGAAUGUAAAUUAGCGUAGUUUGUACUUGUUUCGCAGAUGUAGGCCUAGAAUUAUGAAUCGACAAAACGUGACGCCGCAAGGCCGAUUUUGUCCUCCGGUCCGGCAUGCAUAUGCAUUUCCUAAACUUUUUUUAUGGAGCGAUGAAAGUUGAGGUUUCACAAUAAAGCUAAUUGACAAUGUAGUCGUUUGCCUAAUUAAUUAUAAGCACAUGCGGUGUGGAAUUGACAGGGUGCAGGAUAACCUGCUCUAAUAACAUGAAAAA